AUGUUUUGGAACUCUGAGCGGUGGAACCCAGCAGGCAAGCAUGUCUACAUCACAGGAGGGAGCUCAGGCCUCGGACUCGCACUUGCAAAGUCUCUGGCAUCUCAAGGUGCACACGUCUCUAUCGUCGCCCGGGACAAGGCAAAGCUGUCGACCGCGAUCGCCGAGAUAGAGAAAUCGCGUCAGCGUCCAGAGCAGAUCUUCCAAUCCUUUUCUCAUUCAUUAUUCACCGCCGACGAGUCCCGCGCAGCGCUCGAGGACGUCACCACCAAACAUGACGGUCUCUCGCCUGAUGCAGUCUUUUUGUGUGCGGGAAACUCGACGCCAAAGUUCUUCGUGGAAUAUACCGACAAUGAGCUGAAGGAAGGCAUGGAUUCUGGAUACUGGGCACAGGCAUGGACCGCACGCGCCAUCUCACGUCUCAUGGUCCAACAGUCCCGCACGGGCAAGAUUGUCUUCGUCUCCUCCACGUUAGGUCUUAUGACGCUCCCCGGCUAUGGCGCUUACCUCCCUGCAAAGCACGCUCUGCGCGGCCUCGCCGACAUGCUCCGGGUCGAGCUGCUGCUGUAUGGCAUCGACGUGCACAUCUUCUUCCCGCCGACGAUGCUCACGCCUGGGUACGAAGCCGAGAACCAGGUCAAGCCCCGCAUAACGCGCGAGUUCGAGGAGGACGAUACUCCCCUCACCCCUGAAGACGCCGCGGCGACUUUACUCAAGGGCGUCAGGUGUGGCGACUUUCAGAUAACAGGAAACUUCAUCACUGAGCUCUUCCGCGCGUCGAGCCGCGAAGCCUCGCCGCGGCGCAAUUGGCUUGUCGACGGCCUGUUCGACUUUAUAUCCUACAUCGCGGUACCGAUCUGGGCAUCGUCAGUUGACCGCAAGGUGCGCGGCCACCGCGAGGAGCAUCUUCACUGGCUCGAAGAAAAUUCGAUCCUUAAGCCUCCGGUCCCUUGA